AUGUCGGUGCCGGACGCGGCAGGCGGGGACGAAAUGAAGCAGGCCAAGGAGAUCGAGGACGCCGAGAAGUUCAACUUCAUGGCCACAGUCACCAAGGCGCCCAAAAAGCAGAUCCAGUUUGCAGAUGACAUGCAGGAAUUCACCAAGUUCCCAACCAAGUCUGGCCGCAGGUCCCUGUCUCGCUCCAUCUCUCAGUCUUCCACAGACAGCUACAGCUCUGCUGCAUCUUACACAGACAGCUCUGAUGAUGAAGAAGGCACCCCACGGGAGAAGCAUCAGACCAACUCCAAGGGCAGCAGCAACUUCUGCGUGAAGAACAUCAAGCAAGCGGAGUUUGGACGCCGGGAGAUUGAGAUUGCUGAGCAAGACAUGUCUGCUCUGAUUUCACUCAGGAAACGGGCCCAGGGGGAGAAGCCUUUGGCAGGAGCUAAAAUAGUGGGCUGUACACACAUUACAGCACAGACUGCGGUGUUAAUUGAGACACUGUGUGCACUGGGAGCUCAGUGCCGCUGGUCUGCUUGUAACAUCUACUCCACUCAGAAUGAGGUGGCUGCCGCCUUGGCUGAGGCUGGUGUUGCUGUGUUUUCCUGGAAGGGAGAGUCGGAGGAUGACUUCUGGUGGUGUAUUGACCGUUGUGUUAAUAUGGAUGGCUGGCAGCCCAACAUGAUCCUGGAUGAUGGUGGAGAUCUGACCCAUUGGGUUUAUAAGAAGUACCCCAACGUGUUCAAGAAGAUCAGAGGUAUCGUAGAGGAGAGCGUGACCGGCGUGCACAGGUUGUACCAGCUCUCCAAGGCUGGGAAGUUGUGUGUCCCAGCCAUGAAUGUCAACGAUUCAGUCACCAAACAGAAAUUUGAUAACCUGUACUGUUGCCGAGAAUCCAUCUUGGAUGGCUUAAAGAGGACCACGGAUGUGAUGUUUGGAGGGAAGCAGGUGGUGGUGUGCGGCUAUGGUGAGGUUGGAAAGGGUUGCUGUGCAGCUCUGAAGGCCCUAGGAGCCAUAGUCUACAUCACUGAGAUUGACCCUAUCUGUGCUCUCCAAGCCUGCAUGGACGGCUUCCGGGUGGUGAAACUCAAUGAAGUCAUCCGUCAGAUGGAUGUUGUUAUAACCUGCACAGGAAACAAGAAUGUGGUGACCAGGGAACAUCUGGAUCGAAUGAAGAACAGCUGCAUUGUGUGUAACAUGGGCCAUUCCAACACAGAAAUUGAUGUGACUAGUCUCCGUACCCCAGAGCUGACUUGGGAGCGUGUACGCUCACAGGUGGAUCACAUCAUCUGGCCAGAUGGCAAGCGGGUGGUGCUGCUGGCUGAGGGUCGUCUUCUCAACCUGAGCUGUUCGACGGUUCCCACCUUUGUUUUGUCCAUCACCGCUACCACUCAGGCUCUGGCUUUGAUCGAGCUCUACAAUGCUCCUGAGGGACGUUACAAACAAGACGUGUAUCUGCUGCCUAAGAAAAUGGAUGAAUAUGUUGCCAGCUUGCACCUGCCUUCUUUUGAUGCUCAUCUGACGGAGCUAACAGACGAUCAAGCAAAAUAUAUGGGACUCAACAAAAACGGGCCUUUCAAACCCAACUAUUACAGAUACUGAUGGACCGUAAGGGUGAAGGACCAGACCACACGAGACAGUUUAGAGAUUAUUUUUAAAGAUCAUUUUAUUUUGUUUUACUCCUUUUCUUUUCUUUUUUUAAGCUGUUUUUAUUUUUCUUUUAUCAGCGUGAUUUUAAUGUCACUUUUUUGUUUGACUUUUUCAUGUGAUCGCAUCUUUCUCUGUCUGAUCCUGGCAGAAAACCUGGGAUUUGCUUUACUGCUCCAUGGCCAAAACCGGCAUGGUUUCAGGCUUUCGCUCAUGGAAAGGUUUCCUUUCCUGAUCAUGAAGAGUGAUUAAUUCCUGCGGUGGUUUUUACCUUUUCCAGUGCACCUUAGCUGGGAUACCUGAAAAUACUGAUAUACUGUACUAUAUGUUUUUUUUUCUGUGCAGGAUUAUCUGCAACUUCUAAAUUGCCUUAACGAGCCCAGUUUUUAGCUGCUAGUUCAGUGCAUUGGAGCAGAGUGGCACCUAAUGGCCAGCUAGGGAAUUGGUGAAUAACCCCAGACCAAAUUUCCUAUGUGGAGGUGGUUUGGAGCCUGGUAAGGGUAAGCCUCAGUGGGUGUUAUCUAUUCUGUUUCAGGGUGCUAAUCUGAAUUUGAAUGGGGAUUGGUAACCAGCAUAAUCCUCAUUUUCCUAGGUAUUUUUUUUUUAGCCAAAUUGCACCUUAUUUGAGUUUUAAAAAAUCAUUUUUUUCCUUUUAUUUUUGAGCCUAAAAAGUUUUAAUGGAGGUGUUUCCGAGUGGAAACACUGUGGGUCUGUCGGGGGCAGCUAAGAACAUGCUGCCGCCCGUCCAGCUAAGGGCAGUUCUUGUUGGAGGGCUCCAGUGUGCGUUGGAGCCUCCUGUGAACUCCCUGGGCUUCUAAGCAGAAGUGAGUUUAGACACAGAGAUGGCCCUUCCUGCUCCUGUCCCCUGCUUAACAUGGGAGACAUUUGAUGAUGUAGCACCUUUUUCUGUCAGCUUUUCUAGCAGCAUAGCUCUCAUGCUGAAGUCUAAAUCCUGCGGGCGAUGGACCGUUCUGCAAAGCACUUAGCUCCAUCUUCAGGCUCUGUUCAUAGCAACUGAACGUUGGAGGCAGAAUCCUUGGCCAACUGCACUGCUGUCUUCUAAAGCCUUUCAGCUGCUUUAAUCAGCUCUUCCCUCCCUAGCCCCUUAGGUGGCAGGUUGUCCUAUUUUACUUGGUUCAACAUAUUCCAGCUCCGUGCAGAAGGGCCAAAAUGCCUCUGUGGUUUUUCAGCCCUUGGCUCCAAACCUAAUGUGACAAAAAUCACAGCACAGAAUGUACAGCCUUGAUUUCAAUUCAUUGCUCAGUGAAUGUACAAAUGAAAGAGCUCCAGGGACCCAGCUCACAAAGGGAUUUCUGCUGAGCAUGUGGCAUUGGUCCAGGUACUUCCAAUUCUGCUAGAAUCUGCUGGUACAAAGACAAUCAAGGUGCUACAGUGGACCGCAGCCAUCGCCUCUUGUGCUCCCUUGCUAUCCGAGGUCACUUUCUGGCCAAUCUUGCCCACAUACGGAGGAUACAUUCCUAGUGCUCUCUUUAAGAAACCUACUUCUGCUUGUUUGUGGGUGAUGCUGGCUGCUUGCUCUGUGUAGGAGAUAAAAGCUCUUAGUUGAUCAGAACAGAGGCUAAGUUAAGAUUAAAAGGGGUAGCUCACCUUCCCAAAACCAUGCAGUGCCUCCAGUGGCUAGUCUCUUAUUUCCCCACUCUCUUCUUUACAGUCCAGCACAGCUCCUUGGUCAUCUUUUCUGCCCCUUCUCUGAGAUGCACAUAGCUUCUUUGCUGACUCGUUGCUGCCUUUGGCUGCCUCUGACUGCCAGACCCGCUUCCAAAGGACCAUGCCUUGAGUGUAAGGGUUGCUGUAGUCUGCCCUUGUACCCCUUCCUCUGCAGCCUGGAUUUCCACUGAACCAACAAGUCUGUGAUUUCUUAUGGGCGGGGGGCUGGAGGUCUUGGUCUCCUUGUCUCUCACCCAGUGAAGAGGAUAUGGCUGGGAACAUGGGGAAGCUCUCUUAAUUGUUGAUGCAAUCCAGAGGGUUUGCCAUGCACCAGGACUCUGGCUUGCGCUUUCCCUCCUCACUUUGUACGUGCAUAGGAAGCUCUUGUAAUCGCAGCCCUGGAUCUCAGAGCAGACUUGGUCUCCCACUCAACCAAGCAGAGCCCACAUAUGUUCCUAAAUGUUUGCCCUUGUGACUGUUGAGGGGGUGGGAUCCUGGGCAGUUCCAGAGUCCAGACCCCCUCUGUUCCAUUUGUCUGUCUCAGUGUUAGUGUCAAAAGGAAUCUUAGCUUAAGGGCUUCAUCUCUGUAUAAGCCAUGUAACAAAAGGACACAAUGGAACAAAUGGUCCCACGUCUAGGGAAACCUUGAUUCUGUCAGAGGGAGCAUGUCCUCAUCGACCUGGGAGGGAUAGGUUUAUUUUGUAUAUGAAUGAUUUUUAAUGAAUGCAAUAUUAAUCCUUGCAGAUGAGCAAUAAAUCAUUAAAGUCUAAUUAAAAACGAUUAGAAAAACGACA